CUCCUGUCUCCUAGGUGAGCGCGCGCAACUUCCCUCCCCUCGUCCUCGUCGCCGUCACGUGCCCCGCCCUCUCUUCUCUCAGCCGCCGCCUGGCGCUCCGUCAGCCCUGCCAACGUGGAGCCGGCUGAGGCCGAAGCGAAGGCGGAAGUGUUCUGAGGAGAGGAGGGAGGAGGAGGAGGAGACGGGGGGCCUUUAACCAGCCGCCGCAGCUGCCGCUGAAGAACCUCCGGCCAUGGAGAGCUCCUUGGAGAAGAUGGUUGACCCUACCUUAGCAGAAAUGGGAAAGAAUCUUAAUGAGGCUAUGAAGAUGUUGGAAGACAAUCAAAGGAAAGUGGAGGAAGAAAAUGAAAAAAGGUAUACAAGGAAAGAUAUUCCUGGACCACUUCAAGGCAGUGGACAAGACAUGGUGAGCAUUCUCCAGUUAGUUCAGAACCUUAUGCAUGGAGAUGAAGAGGAGGAAUCGUUGCAGUCUUACCGGCUUCAGAACGUUGGAGAACAGGGUCACAUGGCUCUUUUAGGACACAGCCUGGCAGCUUACAUCUCUGUGUUGGACAGAGAGAGGCUCAGAAAGCUCACAUCCAGGAUCCUUUCUGACACUACACUGUGGCUGUGCAGACUUUUCAGGUUUGAAAAUGGGUCAGCGUAUUAUCAUGAAGAUGACCGUGAGGGCCUUUUAAAAGUCUGCAGACUCGUGAUUCACUCGCGCUACGAAGACUAUACAACUGAAGGUUUUAACGUGCUGUAUAACAAGCAGCCUGUUAUAUACAUUAGCUCUGCAGCCAGAGCAGGCUUGGGACAAGCUCUUUGCAAUCAGCUUGGUUUGCCUCUUUCCUGCAUGUGCCGUGUGCCUUGUAACACAAUGUUUGGAUCUCAGCAUCAGAUGGAUGUUGCUUUACUGGACAAAUUGAUUAAGGAGGACAUUGACUCUGGAAAGCUACCAAUAUUGCUAGUGGCCAAUGCUGGUACACCAGGAGCAGGGCACACAGACAAACUUGGGCGACUGAAAGAACUCUGUGAGCAGCACAGCAUGUGGCUACAUGUUGAAGGAGUGAAUUUGGCUACUUUGGCUUUGGGUUAUGUCUCGUCAUCUGUACUGGCCGCAACCAAAUGUGACAGCAUGACCCUGACUCUGGGGCCCUGGCUAGGUCUCCCAGCAGUGCCUGCAGUGACUCUCUACAGACAUGAGGAUCCUUCUUUGUCCUUGGUUGCAGGCUUGACCUCUAGCCAGGCAGUUGAGAAGCUGCGUGCUCUGCCUCUGUGGCUCUCCUUGCAGUACCUUGGACACGAUGGGAUUGUGGAAAGAAUAAAACACUCAUCUCAGUUGAGUCAACGGCUGUUGGAAAACUUGAAGAAUCAGGAUUUUAUUAAAACCUCAGUUGAAGAUGAACUUAGCUCUCCUGUGGUGGUAUUUAAGUUUUCCCCAGAACUGUCAUCCAUAGAUCAUAUGUUACAUUCUGCCCAAACACCUACAAUUACUGGCAAUGAGAGAUACAUUUGUGAUACUUUUAAUCAGUGGCUGGGAGAGCAGUUGUCUCAGUUGGUGCCUGCCAGUGGAGUUGACUUGGUAGAACUGGAGGAUGAAGGCGCUUGUGUACGUUUUAGCCCAUUAAUGACUUCUUCAGUUUUAGGAACUGAAGUGCAAGAUGUUGACCAGUUGGUGGACUGCCUUAAACUGAAGAUCCCAGUGCUGACAUGCACAUUGCAACUCAGGGAUGAGUUUGAGCAGGAAGUGAAAAGAACUGUAGGUCUCGCCUAUGUUGAAGACCUCAGCUGGCCAGGCCUUGGAGUGGUAAGGUACGAGGGGCAGAAUGAAGACAAACAGGAGAAAGAAGUGGAGAAGAUUAACAACGAACUAUUGAAAAAACUAAAUGAGCUGGAAUCAGAUCUGUUGUUUUCCUUAGGUCCAGAAUUUGGAGGGGAGAAAAACUGUAUUUAUAUUGGAAUGGUCACUGAGGACCUUGAUGUUUCUGAGCUGGUUGAAACUAUUGCGGCAACAGGCCGAGAAAUCGAAGAGAAUUCAAGGCUGCUGGAAAACAUGACUGAAGUUGUACGGAAAGGCAUACAGGAAGCGCAGGUUCAGCUGCAGAAAGCAAAUGAGGAAAGACUCCUUGAAGAGGGGCUGCUCCGACAGAUUCCUGUAGUGGGCUCUGUGCUCAACUGGUUUUCUCCAUUUCAUGCUUCACCAAAGGGAAGAACGUUUAACCUAACAGCAGGUUCUUUAGAAUCUACAGAGCCCACGUACGUCUCCAAAGCGCAGGGCACUGGGAACACCCCACCUCCCACUCCCACGUCAAGCCGUGCAAAGCAGAGGUUCCCUGGACAAAAGCUGUUUAGAAGGUCCUUGAGGAACUCGGAUGGGUUCAGUGAGACCAGCUCAGUGAGUCACAUCGAUGAUCUGGAGAGAGCAGAGCAGAGGCCUGCUGCAGCUCCCCCUGCUGGGCAAGGUGAUUCAAAACAGCCAGACGAGAACAUGCUUCCAAACCAGGAAAGCGCUGAAGAUUCCCGGGGUGACAAAGCGAAGGCCCUGGCAAAUGACUGCACUACAUCCGAGGAACAAGAGAGUCUAAGAUAAAAUCCAGACGCUGUGUAUUUUAAGACUUUGUACAAAAAAAA